AUGGGCAUCAACAAUCCCCUCCCGUCGUCUAUGGCGUCGGAAUGCAAGAAAUGCGGCAAGAUUCUAACCUCUUUUAUCAACCCUCGCCAGUCUUUCGGCCCCGACAAAGUCAUUCCUCCUUCCAUUCUCGAAAACGCGAAAGGCCUCGCCGUCAUCACUGUUCUCAAGGCCGGCUUCCUCGGCUCAGGCCGCUUCGGUAGUGGUCUCGUUGUCGCCCGACUUCCCGACGGUAGUUGGAGUGCCCCAAGUGCUAUUGCGACCGCGGGUGCCGGCUUUGGUGGUCAGAUUGGUUUCGAAUUGACCGAUUUUGUCUUCAUUCUCAACGAUGCGAGCGCUGUCAGGACAUUUGCCCAGGCUGGCUCUUUGACUCUUGGUGGCAAUGUCUCCCUAGCAGCUGGUCCUGUAGGUCGCAAUGCCGAGGCGGCUGGUGCUGCUUCACUUAAGGGUGUCGCCGGCAUUUUCAGUUAUUCCAAGACCAAGGGUCUCUUUGCUGGUGUCUCCCUGGAGGGGUCCGCCAUUAUCGAGCGUCGCGAUGCCAACGAAAAGAUGUACGGCCAGCGCUACACAGCACAGCAGCUACUCACCGGUUCUGUGCGACCGCCUCCUCAGGCUGCCCCCCUCAUGAACAUUUUGAACUCGCGCGUAUUCAGCGGCAUGCGCGGCGGCAGCGACGACGCUAUGUAUAACGAUGUCCCUGUUUACGAUGAAUCACACGACGAUGUUGUUUGGAAUGGCCGUCGCGGGUCCGCAAUGGGCGAGGGCGUGCAGCGCGAUCGCACAGGCUCAUAUGACAAUGGUUUCGGAAUACCAAGCCGGUCGAACACAUGGCAGGACGAUGUGUAUGACAGACAAAAUAGUUUUGGUGGGCCUCAACGUUCCAACACAGUUACCAGUAGUGUUGGUGGUGGCGCAGGCAACGACUAUGUUUACCGCGACAACCCUUCAGGAGGUUUUGGCGCCGAUAAGAAGGCUGGCCCUGGACGUCCGGCAGCUCCCAAGCCCAACUUUGGCGCUAAGCAAGCACUGCUUAAGAAGAAUGAGGCUGUCGCCGUGUACAACUUUGACGCGGACCAGCCAGGUGAUUUGGGCUUCAAAAAGGGUGAGGUCAUCACCGUCCUGAAGCGAACUGAGAGCGAGAAUGAUUGGUGGACUGGACAAAUUGGCACAAGAACAGGCAUUUUCCCCAGCAACUAUGUCAAGAUGAAGGAGUAA